GUAUUUCGUCAUCAAGUUUGCGUACUCUAGAAAUUUCUCGAGCGGACACGAGUCUUCGCAGCAUUAUAAUUGACGCUCGGUGGAAAUUCUAGAAUCAGUCACUGACAACAGUUAGCUGGUAGCUGGUGUCUGAAACCUUCUGUGCUACAAGUAUAAACUGUUUUGUGCAAAUAUUGUGAAAAGUUAAGUAGCCAAAAUGGUGAAAGAAACAGGAUAUUAUGAUAUAUUGGGUGUUCCACCCAGUGCAAAUGACAGUGAACUGAAGAAAGCUUACCGCAAGCUUGCUAUGAAGUACCAUCCUGAUAAAAAUCCAGGAAAGGAUGCAGAAGAAAAGUUUAAGCAGAUCAGCCAUGCAUAUGAAGUGCUAUCGGAUCCCAAGAAACGGGAGAUUUAUGAUCAGGGUGGAGAAGAGGCCAUCAAGGGAGGGUCAAGUGGAGGAGGAUUUGACUUCCAUUCACCAAUGGACAUCUUUGAUAUGUUCUUUGGUGGGCGACGAUCACAACGAGGCAGUGCACGUCGUGGGAAGGAUGUAGUACAUCAGAUGAAAGUUAGCUUGGAGGACCUGUACAAUGGUGCAACUAGAAAACUGGCUCUGCAGAAAAAUGUCAUUUGUGCCAAAUGUGAAGGACGUGGUGGCAAAGAAGGUGCAGUGCAAAAGUGUGGAUUGUGCCGUGGAACUGGUAUGCAGAUUCGGAUUCACCAGCUGGGUCCUGGUAUGGUGCAACAAAUUCAGACAGUCUGUGCAGAGUGCCGUGGUGAGGGAGAGUGCAUAGACCCCAAGUUGCGCUGCAAGGUCUGCAAUGGCCAAAAAAUAGUAAAAGAACGAAAAAUUUUGGAAGUUCAUAUUGAUAAAGGGAUGAAGGAUGGUCAGCAGAUUCGAUUCACAGGUGAAGGAGAUCAGGAACCUGGACUUGAACCAGGUGACAUUGUCAUAGUACUGGACGAAAAGGAACACCCAGAAUUUCAGCGCAAGGGUAAUGAUCUGAUUACACAAAAGGAGCUUUUGCUUGUUGAGGCCUUGUGCGGAUUUCAGAAAACAGUCAAGACACUUGAUAGCCGUGUUUUAAUCAUCACAGUUCUGCCAGGUGAGGUAAUAAAAGACAGAGCCAUCAAGUGUAUAAUGGGUGAAGGUAUGCCAAUACACCGUGAUCCCUUUGAGAAAGGCCGCCUUAUCAUCCAGUUCCUGGUAAAGUUCCCAGACCGCAUUCCACCAGAAAAGAUUGUCACACUAGAAUCCUGCCUACCACCUCGUGAGGAGCACAUUAUUCCAGAUGAUGCAGACCAUGUUGAUCUAAUCGAAUUUGACCCACAGCAAGAGCAAACAAGCAGUCGUCGAGGAGAAGCAUAUGAGUCGGAUGAUGAUCAUCCACAUGGACAAAGGGUGCAAUGUGCAUCCCACUGAUGGUUAACUAAAAUAGGAAUGUGUCAUCGUAACCAAGUUUGACAGGAGUGUGGAUGGGAUUGGGAAUGGAAGAAGUUUUGACUUAUUAGUAAAGUCUAUCUUAUGUUGUCUUCUACCAACCCGAAAAGCCAUGCUUUAUUAUUUCCUUUCAAAUACUUGUUUCUGCUGGAAGGUCAUGUGUGUGGCAUUGGUGUUUUGCUUACGGGGCACUAAAUAAUUUUGUGCAUGAUAUGGAGAGACCAAAGUAAAUGCCAGAUUUGCAUAAAAGAGUGUUGAAAUGGACAUUUCCAUCAGCCCCCUAAUACACUGAUAAAAACUUGAGGAAGAGUCGAAUUGGGGUGAGAUGUUGAGUUCUGUACGGCUCUGUUCCUAUGUUUGUUAGAUGAAUGUUUAUAAAAAGCCCUUCACUCCAGUUUGAAAACUUUUGAUAUAGUCCAUGUGUGCACAGAAUUAAAGUAACUUGAAUGUUUUAAAUUGCAAUAAAUUUGAGCAUUUCACGAACAAAGUGUUCUGCAGAUUGAAGUUUUAUGGUACAACAAAGAUCUAUGGAAGCUAUGACAGGCUACCUGGGAAUGGUAAUUCAUGAAAGCAUUACCUUUGAUGACAUCUUUUGUAGUGCAUGUUUUAAUGCAAGCAAAUAAAAUUCAAGUGCUAAUAAAACUGGAAGGUAGUGGGAGGCUCUUCCAAAAACCUACAGAAGACCCCUGGUUUUAAGGUAAACUUGUUGUGAAAAUAAAUCUGUAUAGUUAGUGGCUUUUGUGGUACAGAACUUAAUCUUUUAAUCUUCAAAAUUUUUUUUUUUCCUUUUUUUU